UUAUCCACCCAACUCGAACCACAUCAUCGGUGUGCGUGUCACUCUCUCCUCUCUCCUCCACACCACACGUGGCGCAUCGAGAUCUUCCCUCGCCCGUGUUUGCCGCUCGCUCACUCUCACCCAUGGCGGGCCUCGUUCAGAUCGCGUCCGUCUCGACGGCGGCGCGCGUCCCCGCUUCCCUUAACGCAAUCAGCAGCGACCUAUCAGGCAGCCGCCUCGCUUCCAUCGCGCCUUCCCGCGCUCGCGUACAAUGCGGCGUGACGUACGCGCCGCCGUCGACGGCGCGGCUGGAGCUGCUGCGCGAGGCGGAGGAGCGGUUCGCGCGCGUGGAGCGGCAGCCGACGGAGGGCGUGGCGUUCACGGCGCUGGAGUUCGAGGAGGCGCUCGAGAAGUACGACUUCAACUUCGACAUCGGUGACAAGGUCCGCGGAGUGGUGUUCAAGGCGGACAACGCGGGCGCGCUGAUCGACAUCGGCGCGAAGGCGCCGGCGCUGCUGCCGCUGGCGGAGGCGUGUCUGUUCCGGCUGAAGAACAUGAGCGACACGGGGCUCGUGCCGGGCAUGGAGGCGGAGUUUGUCGUGGUCGAUGAGGACGACUCGCAGGGCCGCAUGAUCGUCAGCCUCCGGAAGCUGCAGUACGACCUCGCCUGGGAGCGCUGCCGCCAGCUCGUCGCCGAUGACGUCACCGUCAGGGGCACUGUCAUCGCCGUGAAUCGCGGCGGGCUGCUCGUCGAGGUCGAGGGGCUGCGAGGAUUCGUGCCGCUCUCGCAAAUCGGCCUGCGCGCGGCGAAGGAGGAUCUGGUGGGCGCGCGCAUCCCGCUCAAGUUCCUCGAGGUCGACGAGGAGCGCACGCGCCUCGUGCUCUCCAACCGCCGCGCCGUCGCCGCCUCGCACGCGCAGUCGCUGCAGGUGGGCGACGUGGUGGUGGGGCGCGUGCAGUCGCUGAAGCCGUACGGCGCGUUCGUGGAGAUCGGCGGCGUGAACGGGCUGCUGCACAUCAGCCAGAUCUCCCACGACCGCGUCACCAACGUCGAGUCCGUGCUCGCCGAGGGCGACCAGCUCAAGGUGAUGGUGCUGAGCUUCGACAGCGAGCGCGGGCGCGUGAGCCUCUCCACCAAGAAGCUCGAGCCCACGCCCGGCGACAUGCUGCGCAACCCCCAGCUCGUCUUCGACAAGGCGGAGGAGAUGGCGGCGACGUUCAAGGAGCGCGUGGCGGCAGCAGAGGCAGCAGCGCGGGCAGAGGAGGCGCGCCUGCAGCAGGAGGGCUUUGGCUUGGAUGCAACACUGGGAGCACCAGCAGGUCUUGACCCCGCCUUCCCCUCGCCCUUCUAAGCACCAGCGCCUCCCCCCUCCUUCCCACACUGCUGCUCACGCGUUCCCUCCAUCGCUCACUGAGUCAUCGAGUCCCAUCCCGUCGAGUCUCUUGGAGCCACCUGCUGUCUUGGCUUCCGCUCUCUCCAUGUUUCUCAUAAGUAGGCGUUUCCAGCUAGGUCUGCAUACAGGAUAGCCAAUUUGGGUGUGUUGGUUAUUGAUGGGAGUGUGAAUCACUGGUGUGCAUUCAAUGUAAAGGCACGUUUCUCUCAAGCU